CCAAAAGUUUCGACGGGCGAGAGAGAGAGGAAUGUCGAGAUUGCAAGGGCUGGUCAGCUAGCUAUAGCUGCGAUCGUCACAGUCGGUCAGCAUAGCUCGAUCGAGACUCGGUAGCACACCCAGCAGCCGAAAUCCUUCGCGUCAUCCGCCAUACUCCCUUCUUCCAGCACCAAAGUCCCUUCGCCAGUAGCGCCAGCCCUAUUCCCUAUCGUCUCUUCUACACCGACUUUCUCGCUGUUCGUUGCCGCCUACUACUGAGCGCGCGCUCACGCUUCAUCGACUCUUCGCAGCGCUCGCUCCCUUCCAGCAACGGCUUGUCUCGGCCUGCCCACUUCCGCGAGGACAUUCAAGGAAAAAGCAAGCAGGCGCCAUGCUGUAUCAGCCCAUUGCCAAGUCGCAGCUCGAAUGGCUCGCAAGUCUCAACCCUCUUGAGCACGCCAUCUCCAGCUCCAACAAAUUCUUUCGCAAGACCUCAAUCAUCGCUACGAUCGGCCCCAAGACCAACAAUGUAGAGCUUCUGGGUGCCCUGCGCAAGGCUGGCAUGAAUAUUGUGCGACUGAAUGCAUCGCACGGAUCGCACGAGUACUUCAAGUCCGUGGUGGACAAUGCUCGCUCUGCGCAAUCUGCGGCGGUUGGACGACCCCUCGCAAUCGCUCUGGACACAAAAGGGCCAGAAAUGCGCACGGGUAUGAUGGUGAAUGGAGAGGAUGUCAAGAUCUCGCAAGGUCACGAAUUCUACGUGACCAUGGAUGAUGCGUAUGCGGAGAAGGGAAGCGCAGACUACCUCUACAUCGAUUACAAGAACUUGGCCAGAAAGGUCGAGGUUGGCAGGCAGAUUUUCAUUGACGACGGCAUCCUGGCUCUCGAAGUUGUAAACAUCGAGUCGGACUUGCUGGUCCGCGUUCGUGCAGUCAACAACGGCGUCCUGUCGAACAAGAAGGGCGUCAACCUUCCUCUGACGGAAGUGGACCUUCCCGCCAUUUCCGAAAAGGACAGGCAGGACAUUACAUUUGCUGUCGAGAACGAUCUGGACAUGAUCUUCGCAUCCUUCAUCCGACGCGGAUCGGACGUGCGCACCAUCAGGGAAAUUUUGGGAGAGAAGGGCGCUCACAUCAAGAUCAUCUCUAAAGUGGAGAAUCAUCAGGGUGUGCUCAACUUUGACGAGAUUCUGAAGGAAUCAGACGGAAUCAUGGUCGCACGAGGAGAUCUUGGUAUCGAGAUUCCCGCACCUCAGGUCUUCAUGGCUCAGAAGAUGAUGAUCGCCAAGUGCAACAUUGCUGGCAAGCCCGUCAUCUGCGCCACGCAAAUGCUCGAGAGCAUGAUCGUCAACAACCGACCCACACGAGCAGAGGUGUCUGACGUAGCCAAUGCUGUCUUGGAUGGCGCCGACUGCGUCAUGCUCAGCGGAGAGACGGCCAAAGGUGCCUAUCCGAUCGAAGCAGUCACGAUGAUGGCCGAGACAAGCUUCUUGGCGGAGCAGUCCAUCUCCUACGUGCCUCUCUUCAAUGAGAUGAGGUCGCUUACUCAGGUUCCUACCGAUACGUCCGAGACUGUCGCCAUGGCAGCUGUCAGUGCAAGUCUUGAGCAGCAAGCAGGUGCUAUCUUGUUGAUGUCCACUAGCGGAAACACGGCUCGUUUGGUGUCCAAAUACCGCCCGCGUUGCCCCAUCCUCGUCAUCACUCGUGACGAACACACAGCGCGCGAUGUGCACUUGUACAGAGGCUGCUAUCCUUUCCUGUACCCUUAUCUCCGGCCAAGGGACGACUCGAAGUGGCAGGAGGAUGUGGACAACCGUAUCAAGUACGGUCUUGCAGAGGCCCUCAAGCUGGGUAUCGUCGAGAAGGGCGACGUCGUUGUGGCUCUCCAAGGCUGGCGCGGAGGUUCUAGCCACACCAACUCCAUGCGCAUUUUGGCUGUGCCAGAUGCUGCAAGGGAAUUUGUCCUCGAAGGCACGGGCAGGCCAGCUGUCCCCGAGACGUGGGCCCGCAAUUAAAUGCGAUAAUAGAAAUCAGCCUCGCCUCAGCGCUCCAAACGGCGACUUUUUAGACAGAGAAGGAAUCUGGGAGCGAGUUUCUCGUCCCUCAUACACACACACACGCGCGCGCGUCUCGAAAUGCAGCAAUUGUCAUGACGUUUUCCAGCA